AUGGAGGGAUCCAGCUCUUCAGCAUCACCCAGCGCCUCGCUGGGUGGGACCUCUCCACUCGGCUCCGACGAAGGGCGUAGCGUUCUCAUCUGCCUGCUCCGUCUCGACCUGCGCAUUCACGACAACCCGCUCUUUUAUUACGCUCAUCAGACACCCAAGCCUAUCGUCUCCACCGCCGAAAAGACGAUCGACCUCAGUAAGCUCGAGGAUGAAGCGCUGCUCGGUUCCACUGCCGAUUACCUCCUUCCUGUCUUUGUAUUUGAUGAGCGAGAGAUGGAGCUCAGCGGUCUGCCCGGUUACCAGAGGAAAGGUCCCGAGGCUCGCACCAGAGAGUACGGCUUCUGGAAGACCGGCGGCUUCCGAACUCGAUUCGUCUCCGAGUCCGUCUAUGACGUGCGCUCGCGCCUCCGUUCUGUCAGUUCUGACCUGCUCAUCCGCUUUGGUACUCCAGAGGAAGUCAUCUACAACCUUGUGCAUGCCUUCCAAGCAGAGGGUACUCACGUAGAAGGCGUCUGGAUGCAAAAGGAAAUGACCUACCCUGAAAUUGAUGUCGAGAACGGCGUCGUCGAGAAGCUCCAGGGUAGUGGCGUGCCCGUCCACUUCGUCCAAGGAAAGACUCUCAUCCACCCUUCCGACCUUCCCUUCGAAAGCAGCGAAACCCCCGACGUCUUCACUCCCUUUCGCAAGAAGGUCGAGGCGCUGGGACCCAAGAUGGUCCGUCCUGUCAAGCACUCUCCCACCAAGUUCAAAGCCUUCCCGCCUACCGUCCCAUCCACACCCGACUAUGCUCUCGAUGUAUCCUACGAAGUUGACGUCGACGGCCUCGCCCCGCGCGCGCUCGAGUCCAAGGAUAAGCAAGAGGGUCAAGUCUCCUUCCACGACAUUCUCCGCUUCCUCCUUACGCCUCUCAACGAUUCCCAACUCCCACCAAGCCUAGAGGCCAGCGCUUUGCUCCAACAACGACAUCCCGCUUCCGCCUUCCCGCUGCGCGGUGGUGAGUCGUCUGCCUUGGAACGUCUCGACUGGUACUUCGUCCGGGGCAAGUCGGCGGACUCUUCGCGAUGGGGCAAGGCCGAUCCACCACCCGUCGCUCGGUACAAGCAGACCCGCAAUAACCUCAUCGGCCACGCCUACAGCACCAAGAUGUCGCCGUUCCUCGCCUACGGAAGCAUUUCUCCACGACAGAUCUGGGAGGCGCUCGAUGACCACGAGAAAAAGUUUGGCGAGGACCAAAACACGUAUUGGGUUCGAUUCGAGCUGCUGUGGCGAGAUUACUUUUUCUUUGUUGCCGAGAAGUUCGGGCCGCUGCUCUACGAUCUCGGCGGCUUUGAGCGCGCCACUGACCCGCGACAGGCCGCCAAGAAGAUGGAGGAAGGCUGGUGGCGCAAGUGGGAUCCACUCAAGGACGGGCCCGAGCACGAGAUGACCCGACUGCUCGAAGGCCGAACCGGUAUACCUUUCAUCGAUGCCAACAUUCUCGAGUUGAGAGAGUCCGGCUUUAUGUCCAACCGUGGUCGCCAGAACAUUGCCAGCUUCUUGUCCAAAGAUCUGGGCUACGACUGGCGCAUCGGUGCCGAAUUCUUUCAGUCGCAUCUCGUCGACUACGAUCCGACAUCCAACUACGGCAAUUGGCAGUAUGUCGCGGGUGUCGGCAACGAUCCACGGGCCUCGCGCCAGUUUAACACGGUCAAGCAGGCCAAGGACUACGAUUCGCACGGAGACUAUGUUAAGAUGUGGAUCCCGGCGCUACGCAACCUGCAUGCCGACUAUGUGCACACGCCCUGGCUGCUCACCGCCGAGGAGCGAAGACGCUACGGCCUCAAAACUACCAAGAUGGAUGUCACCAUCGACGCCUACCCUGCGCAACCCUUGUUUGAGCACGAAGGCUGGCAGCGUCACUAUGAGCGCAAGCAGGGUGUCGGCUCCAAGAUGCACGGCAACCCACAAGAAAAGGUCAAGGAUGGCAAGGUUCCCCGACGUCAUCGACCUAGCUACCGUGUACAGGCUGCUACGUAUGGCGCUCUUACCGAUGGCGGCCACAUCGAUCAGUUUUCCGCAUCGACUGGCACCUUUGGCGGGCAGUACGACAGCAGUGCCUUACGGAACGUAGCCCCACCUCUGCGAGGCGCGUCCGGUUCCAUCGGACCAUCCUAUGUUGCACGCUCCAGCCCAAAUCUCGCCGCCAACGUUGCGGCACUCAACAUUGGUGGCGGAUCUGAGCGCAGCGGGUCGCCCUUUGGGACGUCUCCGGCCGGGCACAACAAGUUUGGUCGUUCCCCAGCCGGUGGUGGCAGCGCGCCGAGCAACUUGCCUGCGCCAAUUGGCCGUGCACCAGGCAAUGCGUUCGAUUUUGGCCCCGGAAGGACAGGCAGCGCCUCUUCGCUGGAAGGACCGAAUGGCCGAUUGCGUUGUACCACGGGCGCGAAUGAUGGCGGCGACGCGUACGCAGGAGGUUCUCCCAAUGGGUACGUUGAUUCGACCACCUCAACAGCAGGAGGCAACGGCAAUAACGGACACGGGAAUGAAUCCGGAAGCGGGCCGGGCAGCGGUAACGGCAAUGUCAACGGCGCUUUUGCCGGAGGCAACGGUCACGCCCCACAAGCUGUCUCUAAAGCCGAUCUCGAGACGAGCUGGCGCCGUGGAUCCAAGUAA